GGUACGGCGCGUUUGUAUACACGAGAGCGACGGGGUUGAUUAUCUCUGCUGCUGCUGCAUGUAAUUAGCCCAAGAGGGAAAAUAAGGGCAAAUUGUUCAUCCGCGCUGUGUGUAAUUGACGGGCACUGCAAGUGUAAUAGCGCGCGCUCUGUCUCUCGGAGCUAUGCUCGCGAGGAUUUCCGAGUCGUCCCUCGCGCGAGGACUGCGGAGGUGCGGGGAGAAAAUUACAAAAGCCGCUAGGAUGAAAUACUCGCCCCAGCAGCAACAGAAGGACCGUAAAUCCGAAAGCGAGAUGAGUUCCGUGAACGCGACGCCUUCGCGAGCAGCGAGUGCCCUCCAGCGCAGCACCUCCGCAGCCACGGCCGCAGCCGCGUCGACCUCGGCUCUGCGACGACUGCUCACCCAUCGUCCCCUCAACGGCGAGAUGUUUGCCUGGAUGCGAGUCUUCCGGCUCGCCUCGAUGCUCAAUCACGCCUACUGCUAGUCGACUCGAUGCUAACCCCCCCCCACCCCUUUUGUCCUUAUAGAUUUUACGGGAUGUACGGCCUAACACCGUGUGCCGUCGUUGCAUCCCUUCUCCUUCGCCGUGUACCUUUGUUUUAUUAGUUCGCUCGCCCGGGAAACCCUUCAAAGUGUCAGGCGUCUGCACGAUAACUGGAAAUCAGGAUGCACUCCCCGUGGCAAUCCUUGGGAGAAUCAUGGAGUCACCCCGAUAAACGAGAGGGAGUAUACUCACCGCCGGGCGCACGUCGAGCCGAUCAUCGCAACCGAUAACCGAAUGGGCCGAGAUGUGGCUCGACGCGCGUCUUUUUGCCGAUCAUUUGUUUUUUUUUUUUUUCGUUUCGUUGGAUAAUCGUUUGUAUACGAAGAUUGUGACUGCUUGUCCAGUGACUGCGGAUUAUUUUCGAAGCUCAAGUUGAAAAUCAAAUGGUCCCAGUUGUACUCCCCUGUCCAACCGGUGCCAUUGAUUUUCAGCGCUGAGCCACAUAGUACUUUUCGGACACUGGGCAGGCAGUUACGCGUUUUCUUGGCCAAUCCCACGAACGCGUGCACCCCACAGGUUACACAUUUGAUAUCGAUGCAUCCUAUAUACCAAGCGUUAUCUCAAUUUUUGUGUUUUACUGUGCUGGCUCUGUGUGAUUUUUUGACAACCACCCACGCAUCUAUCCCUCUCCGGUGGAAAA